GCGGCGAAAUUAAUGUCAGACGAGCCAACAACAACAAAGCGAUCGGACGUAAUCGGAAUAAUUUUUUUUGUUUUUUUUUUGUUUUCGUCGAUUUUCUCCAGUCUCGUCGAUCGUUAUGUGAACAUUAGAAUAAGUCAUCGGCAAACCGAAUAGUUUGUUAGUUUGUAUAAUAUUAUCUUCGACACAAUAUAAGUAACGAGCUGCGCGCGCGCCCGCCCCCCAGGCACAUCCGACGCGUCCGUCGAUAACCAAAUUUGGGAGCUGUGAACCGUCCGGGAAGUCGUACGCAAAAUGUCGAGUGUCGCCAGUACCUUCAAACACGAUUAUAUAGGCGGUGGAAAGUACCGUGUCGUCCGGAGGCUCGGCAGCGGGUCUUUCGGCGAGAUAUUUCUGGGGCUCAACGUUAUCAACGGCGAGGAGGUGGCAAUAAAAUUUGAAAGUGCAAAAGCUCGCCAUCCCCAGCUGCAAUAUGAAAGCAGACUGUAUAAAGUAUUACAAGGAGGAGUUGGAAUACCACAUAUGAGAUGGUUUGGAUUAGAAAGAAACUACAACAUCUUAGUGAUGGACUUACUGGGUCCAUCAUUGGAAGAUCUAUUCAAUUUUUGUUCACGGCGGUUUACACUUAAAACAGUUCUUAUGCUUGCCGAUCAAAUGAUCAGUCGUAUUGAGUAUGUACACUGUAAAAGCUUUAUUCACCGUGAUAUUAAACCAGACAACUUUCUUAUGGGAAUUGGACGUCAUUGCAAUAAAUUGUUUCUUAUUGAUUUUGGAUUGGCUAAAAAAUAUAGAGAUAUGCGUACAAGAACGCAUAUUUCAUACCGUGAGGAUAAAAAUCUUACAGGAACAGCCCGUUAUGCUUCUAUCAAUGCUCAUUUAGGAAUUGAACAGAGCCGUCGGGAUGAUAUUGAAUCCUUGGGAUAUGUACUUAUGUAUUUUAAUAAAGGAUGUUUGCCAUGGCAAGGAUUAAAGGCAGCAACAAAAAGGCAAAAAUAUGAAAAAAUUAGUGAGAAAAAAAUGUCAACACCUGUCGAAUUCCUAUGCAAGGGAUUGCCAGCAGAAUUCGCCAUGUUCCUAAACUACAGCCGAGGUUUAAGAUUUGAAGAAUCACCAGACUAUAUGUACUUGAGACAAUUAUUCCGCAUUCUAUUUAGAACGUUAAAUCACCAAUAUGAUUACAUAUUUGAUUGGACUAUGUUGAAACAAAAGGAAUACAAUAAUGAUGGACAAAAUGCUGCUGUACCACAAGGCGGCUCACCUGUGUCCGGCGCGGCUGCAGCUGGAGGACCACAACCAUUUCCCCCCCAGACGUCAGCUACCCUAGGUAAUCGCUAAAAUUAAAACUAAACAAUGGAUCCCUUAUCCUUUAACCCUCCUGGCCCCUCUAUCUAAAAUGCGAUUUUGUAUUAUUUUUUAUUUGCCAUCAUUAUAUAGCAUUAUAAAAAAAAAAAAUUAUAUAAAUCGCGCCUUCCUCUAUUUUGUGGAGUGGAGUGGCCAAAACUGAUAUACUCCCAUCUCUCUUUUUUAUUAUUAUUAUUAUUAUUAUUAAUUCCUCUCAUUGACUUUUAUUAUAAUGGAAACCAACUAUUUUGAAAAUACACGCUCUUGUAUGUAUUGUCAAUUCAAAUAAGUCGUACUUCAUAUAAUAUAUAUGUAUUUAUAUUUUAUUAUAUGCAUACAUAUAAAUAUAAAUAUAUAUAUAUGUUUUUUUCAAAGUUAAGUAUUAGGUGAUACAGAAACUUACUUUUAAAUUAAAAUAAUUAUAUAUAAAUAAAUGUCGUUUAUGUAUUAAAUAAAAUAAAAAACUAUAACUCAUUUUUAUUAUUACUUUAAGUUGCAUUUAAUGUUAUUUUUUUACUUUGUUUCCUACUUUAUUGUUUUUGAAUUAUUCAUACAUAGAUGCAUAAUAAAAUAAAAAAGUAAAAUAAUUUCAGAAUUUUGUAAGAGAUAUUAUGUUCAGCAUUAUUGAACUAAUUUAUGCCAAUUAUUAUGUUCAUAAAACUUAAUAAGUAUUAAUGAAUAAUGUUUUUAUUGCUUUAUUUAAUUGCAUUUACUAGGGCGAUAUAUAUUUAUUUUAUUCUUGAGUAAUAUUGUUUUCUUCCGUGUAAAUGUUUAAGGAUUUAAUUUUGUUUGUAUUUUAGUGUCUUACCUGUAUAUAUAUAUAUGUAUGUACGUUAUUGUACGAUUACCAAAAUGUUUUCUAGAUCCUAUAUUAUAUUUGAAAGGGGCUCCAAUGUAUGAAAAUAUCUGGUGAAAUAUUAAGAAUAUUAAUAACAAAUUGGAGAUUUAAAUAAUUGAAAUAUACUCGAAAUUGACUAAUU